AUGGAAGUGGUAAAAACUUCAGUAUCACGCUUGCCCGCCCUAGUACAAUACCUUACGCUGGCGAUACUCAUCAAGGAGACGCUCGCCUCGGAGAACCUGCAAAUGCCCAACUUUCUGCACGAGCUUCCGUCGACCAUACUGUUCAGCAAUGACACCGGGAACGCGCAGCUCGUCUGCCAGGCGUACGGCGGCCCGCAGAUGAUCAUCCAGUGGAUACUGAAGGACGGAACGCUGGUGAACAGCGUGCCGGGGUUGCGUCAAGCCCUGCCGAAUGGGACACUUUACUUUCCACCGUUCGCGGGCCACCUCUUUCGGACGGAUGUGCACGAUACGACCUAUCGGUGCCGGAUCAGCUACUCCUAUUACGUUCUGCUCAGCCACGACAUUCGCGUACGGGCAGUGGUCCGCCAGCCGUACGAGGUGAAAGUGGAUAGCGCAGAUGUGACGCUCGGCAACACGGCGUUCCUCAAGUGCUUCAUCUCCCCGCACGUCCGGGAGUUCGUCCAUGUGUCGUCGUGGUUCAGCGAGAAGGAGAUGCUCCUGCCCGGCCGCUCCGACAUCGGCACCCGGUACGUUGUCACCACGCCCGGCGGGGAACUGUGCAUACGGAACGUCAACGAGGAGGACAGAUUGAAGCGGUUCUCGUGCGUGACGGCCGACCGGCUGACGGGGGAACGCAAGACGAGCGAGGCGGUGCUGCUAACCCUCAAAGAUAACACCCCCAACAUGGCGCCAACCACCAGCCAGAAGUCGCUGAGCGAACUGUCGGUCGGCAAGGGAACGAGCGUGCAGUUGCCGUGCAAUGUCCAGGGAAAUCCGGUGCCCAGCUUCUCGUGGUUUCGCAUUUCUGACACCGGCUCGUUAUAUACCGUCCCGUCCUCGCAGCGGAUCGUGCCAUCGCAGUCGCUGCUGUUCAUACGCAGCGUCGACGAGCGGGAUGCCGGACGAUGGAUAUGCAAAGCGUUCAAUCAGUUCGGCGAGCAGAAGCUGGAAAUCCAUCUGACGAUCAGCAGCGAGCUGGUGGCGCACAUCCAUCCACAGAUCCAGAUCAUCAACUCGGGCAGCUCGGCGCUACUGAACUGCUCCAUCUUCGGCAGCGAGGUGCACAAGAUCGAAUGGUUUCACAACGGCCAGGAGCUGUUCGCUAACGGACGUACCGAGCGAAGCAUGAGCUUAUUGGCGGCGAACACACUCCAAAUUGAUAGGGUAAGCAAGAAGGAUCAAGGAAUUUAUCAGUGCAUUGUGUCGAACGCACGUAGCAGCGCUCAGGGCAGCUCGGAAUUGAAGCUCGGCGAAAGCCCACCGGAGAUAAGCUACGGCUUUGUGGUGCAGAAUGUGCGCGCCUCGGCGUACGUUUCGCUCAAGUGUUCGGCCGCCGGGUCGCCGCCACCGACGUUCGUCUGGCUGCUCGACUACCAGCCCAUCCUGGACGUGUCGUCGCUGCACCGUUACACGAUGGAUCAGUUCCUGGACAUCAACAGUCACGUCACGACGCACCUCAACAUCAGCCACGUGCACAGCGACGACGGGGGCCUCUACACCUGCCGCGCGUCCAACAGCAUGGGCUCGGCCUCGCACAAGGCGCGCCUCAACGUGUACGGACCACCGUACGUACGUGCCAUCGGGCCCAUCACGGCAGUGGCCGGCGAGCCGAUCGAGAUGCACUGCCCCUACUCCGGCCACCCGGUCCAGUCGGUGCGCUGGGUACGGGGCGGAAAUGAACUGGUUUCCGGGCCACGGUACAGCGUGGCGGACGUGCAGCGGGGUGGGUUUUUGAAGAUACAUACCAUCGACCCGGCGCAGGACCGCGGCUCCUACACGUGCAUCGUGACGGGUGCGAGCGGGGACGAAGGGCGCCGGGAGCUGCAAUUAGUGGUACACAGCCCACCCGUGAUCGAGCCGUUUGCGUUCCCGAAAACGAUGAAGGUGGGCGGAAGGGCGCAGCUGACCUGCUCCGUUUCGGCCGGCGACAUGCCGAUCUACUUCAGCUGGAAGAAGGACGGCGCACCGAUCGCGCAGGACCUGCACGUGAGCGAGAAGAAGGAGGAGUUCUUCUCGCUGCUGGUGCUGAAGGACAUCACGGCGCGCCACAGCGGUCGGUACACCUGCUUCGCCACCAACACCGCCGCCCAGACCAACUACACGGCCGAGCUGCUGGUGCAGGUGCCCCCGUCCUGGACGCACGAACCGCACGACAUCGCCAUCGUGCUCGGGCACCCGAUCGUGCUGCCGUGCGAGGCGGACGGCUUCCCGCAGCCCCGCAUCACCUGGUUCCGGGGCAAGGGCAAGCUGUCCACCGACUUCCACUCGAUUGCCUCGAAGAACAACUCGCUCAGCAUCAACUACGCGACGUCGCCGGACGCAGGCUACUACAUGUGCGAGGCGUCCAACGGCAUUGGGAACAGCCUGAAGAAGAUCAUUCACAUCGCCGUGAACGAGGCGGUCCAUUUCGACACGCCGGUGAAGAACGUGUCCGCCCGCCGGAACGAUGCCGUCAUGCUCGAAUGUUUGGCGCUCGGCGAUGAACCAAUCAACAUCAUCUGGACGCACAAGCACCAGCGGAUCGAUUUCAAUAACUAUCGCUACAACAUUAUCGAAAUGAAGGAAGCCGUCGGCGUGCGAUCGCAAUUAUCGAUCAGCCUGACCGAGCGGUACGACUCGGGCAAGUACGUCUGCACGGCGGAGAACCUGUACGGCACGAGCGAGCACGUCAUCUAUCUGGCGGUCCAGGAGCGGCCGGACGCGCCGUCCGACCUGGAGGUGAUGGAGGUGUCCAGUCGCCAGAUCCGGCUGUCCUGGAAGCGCCCGUACGACGGCAUGUCGCCGGUGCUGAGCUAUCUCGUGCAGUACCAACCGGUCCGGAUGGGACGGGAGGUGCUCGCUCCGGACAGUCCGGUCGGGCCGAGUACGGUCGCCGUCUGGGACAGUGCGCUCACCGUCAACGUCACCUUCUCGAAGGUGAAUAUGAUUAAAAGUAGCAUCGACGGGGGCGUGCGUGACGAAACGACGGUCGGGAGUUUGCUGCCGGCGACGCAGUAUCUGCUGCGCAUGCUGGCCAUCAACGAGAUCGAGUGCUCCUCCUUCACGAACCCGCUGGUGGUGCGAACGCAGGAGGAAGCCCCCAGUGAGGCACCGGGCGGGCUGAAGGUGAAGGCGGGCGCCAUGGGCGAGCUGGUGCUAACGUGGCAGAUCCCGAACCGGGCCUCCUGGAACGGCGAGCUGCUCGGCUACACGGUUGGCUGCGUGGAGGAGCGCACCAACAUCAACUUCAUCGCCAGCCCCUCGUCCAGCGUGGCCAACACGACGCACACCGUGCACGGCUGGGCCACGACGAAGACGAGCGUCGGCGGGCUGAAGAAGUUCACGCGGUACGCGUUGCGCAUCCGCACCUACAACAGCAUCGCCCCCGGCCCCUGGAGCCCCGUCGUCUACGGCACGACGUCGGAGGAUGCGCCCGAGGCGGCCCCACAGAACGUCUCCUGCGCCAGCCUGUCCUCGCAGAGCGUCAAGGUGCUCUGGCAGGAACCACCUCCGCAGUUCCACAACGGCGUCCUGCAGGGCUACAAAAUCCUCUACCGGCCGCUCACGAAAAACAACGAGUUUGUGUAUCCGUUCGAAAUCAAGCGCACCUCGAACCUGGAGACCUAUCUGCACGCGCUGCUGAAAGCGACCAACUACUCCAUCCAGGUGCUCAGCUUCACCCUUUCCGGGGACGGCGUGGCCAGCGCACCGAUCUACUGUGCCACCGAGGAGGAUGUCCCGGAGGCACCGGGCGGUAUUAAAGCUCUUACACUGACAGCCGACUCUAUCCUGGUGUCCUGGCUUCCGCCGGCCCAUCCGAAUGGCGUCAUCACACAUUACACUGUCUACGGGAAGGAGCACGGCAAGAAGGGCUCGGCAAAGCACAACAUCGUGCGCGUGGACGAGAGAGGGCGACCGUCGAUGCACGAGGUGCGGGGCCUGAGCGAGAACAACAAGUACGACUUCUGGGUGACGGCGUCGACGGCCAAGGGCGAGGGAGAUCCGACGCCGGUGGUGUCGCAGACGACGAGCACGCGGGCCCCGGCCAAGAUUGCGUCCUUCUCGCGCCUCCUGAAGGUACCGGUCGGGGUCGAGCUCGUGCUGGAGUGCGUCGCCGUCGGCAACCCGACGCCCCGGACGCGCUGGCUAACGAAGGAGCAGGCCGUCACCUUCAGCCAGUACUACGUGAUCUCGCAGGGCUUCCUGAAGAUCCACAGCGUCGAGCCGCCGAUCGCCGGCAACUUCACCUGCUCGGCCAAGAACCUGUUCGGCGAGGACGAGAUCCACUACACGCUGGUCGCCCUGCAGACCCCGAACGUGACGCAGCUGUCGGUGCAGUACACGUCCUUCGACAGUCUGCGCGUCACGUGGGAGGUGGCCAGCGACGGCGGAGCCCCGAUUCAGGGCUAUGGGCUGUACUUCCGCACCACCGGCGGCCCGUGGACGAGCGUGCCCAUCCCGAGCGACCAGGUGGCGUACACGCUGAACGGGCUCAAGUGUGGCACGCAGUACCUCCUCAAGAUCAACGCCCACAACAAGGUUGGCGUGGGCCCGUUCACCGAGGAGUUGGCCGUGCGCACCAAAGGCAAGGCUCCACACAUUCCCGAGGAACGGGAGCUGUUCAGUACAAACGCGACCUGCCUGAGCCUGUUCCUCACCUCCUGGCUGAACGGAGGCUGCCCCAUAUCGCACUUCUCGAUCGAGUACCGGCGGCUGCACACACCCUUCUGGACGAUCGUGUCCUCCGACCUGUCCGGCACGGACCAGCACACCAACGGGAGCAUCUCGUUCUGCGACUUCGUGCCGGCGACCUGGUACGAGCUGAAGAUAACGUCCAACAACGAUGCGGGCAAAACGAUGGCCCAGUACAACUUCGCCACGCUGACGCAGUCGGGCGAGAAGAUUCCCCCGCCGGAGUACAAGGCGAUCCCGGAGGAGGACCGCGACACGGAUCUGCUGCACCAGGAGGACUUCCAGUGGCUCCAAUCGGCCGUAAUGGUGGUGACGCUCAUCGUGGUCGUCCUGUGUCUAGUUGUCGUGGCAAAGUAUCGUGGCGUUCUGUGCUUCACCAACCACUCCGAUCGCUACAGCACGCAGACACUGUCGGCGGAUCUGAGCCUGAAGGAGCAGUCGGAGAACGUGCGCAACCAGCAGGUGUACAGUGCGUCCCCGGUGAAGGUGAUCAACAAGGAAGAGAAUGCGGAAAUGUACGAAAUUUCGCCGUACGCCACGUUCAACGCCAGCACGGGUCGGUUGUGCAAGGAGCCACGCAGCCUCAACCCGUCGAACAUCGAUUACUCGUUGCAGUUCCGCACGUUCGGACAUCCGGAGUGCGACCUGAACGCCACCGCCUACCCGCUGCUGGAGGCCACCGGGCACAUGCCGGGACAUAUCAAGGGAAAAUCGAGCUGGCACAAGCAGCAGUUCUACAAUACGGAUGAAACCCCGCUCAAUAUGCCCAACUCAACGAAAGCCAUGGGAGGCAAAUGGGAUGAUGGCGCCCUGCGGCGCAUGGGCCAGCGCAGCUUCGGUCCGAGCAACUACUCCGAGUCGGACAGCAGCAGCCCCAUCAAUGAGUUCUCGAACGCACCCACCUUUAGGAUACCAUCGAAAACCCCUUGCCCAACGAGCAUAUUGCAUCACGAGUCGAGCACGGAAUCCAUCAAAGAACUGUCACCGGUAAGGGAUCACCAUCGGGCCAAUACGCCCCGCCACGUGCAGGCGACCGCCGCCAAGGGCCACUUCGGCCAUCCGCUGCGGACCAAGGACAAUCAUUGCCUCGACAUGCAGCCAUCUUCAAGUACGCACAGAUACCACAAUAAGACCUACGUGACAGCGGCCGAAUUUAGCGAAACGGAAAGUGAUCGUGAGCGGGCGCUAGAUCUCGAGGUUCAGCGAGCCAUGGAAAAGGCUAUACGGCAGGACGAGUGCAAGUCGUCGACGAGAUAGAGCGAUGCGAAACGAAAUGGAAAACACAAAGAUUUGAAUCCUCCUCAGCCAAUCAAAACACUCA